AUGCUGGGCACAGGAACGUUCCGCGGAGGCGGGGGAUCAUUUCGCGGAGGUGGCGAAUUCCCGCUCCUUGGGUCUAUCGCAAGUGAUAAUCAAGGGGUUUAUUUCGCUGUGAUUGAACGUGACGAUGAAGAAAAUCCGUCGCUCGUGGGGAUAUCACCAUUUGUGGUUGCUCGAGGAGUUAAAAAUGCCGUGGGAGAUUAUGAAGAUUCGCGUUCGGAGAUGGAUGGUGCCCGUUAUGUGGUGAAAGUUCGUGGUAACAAUAAAAUGCAGAAAUUAUUGAAGAUGAAGUGUUUGUCAGAUGGUACCAAAGUGAAGGUUGUGGAACACGCCCAAUUAAAUUUCACAAAAGUGGUAAUUAGUGCGCCAGAAGUUGCCCAUAUGACCGAGGAUGAGAUCCUUGAAGAACUAGCUGAUCAACAUGUUACCGAAGUCAGGCGGUUAUCGAAAAAGGAAAGAAGAGCAGGAACAACACACCCGUCGGACACCAACCAAGAGAAGCUGAAUACUUAGGAGACUCGCCGCCACGGAAAAAAACACAACCAUCACCUUACACGGACGUAGAUUUGAAGCAACCACAACAAAAUGAAUCCAGAAGAACGAGA